AUGACGAGUCUGUUUUCCCAGCUGGCUUUCUCACUCCUGUAUCUACUCACAUCAUCGAACGCUUUAUCUAUAACAAAGCAGCCUCGGCAAGAGCCAAACACGACCGCGUGGGUUGACGCCCCCUUGAAGAUCAAGGCCUCUCACGCUGCCCUUGAUGCCGCCUAUGUAUCGUAUUCUUUCGAGUUCCAGGACUUCGUCCACUACACCACCAAUGGUAGCAGCAAUAGCAGCGACCUCAACCAGCUGACCUCAAGCCUCCUCGGUCACCUAUAUGACCGCGCGGGUGCGUACCCCAUGUUUCGCCCCGGUGGAGAGCCCCAGGACCUAGUCGUGUACGUUCCCGACCAGGAGGAGGCUCUAAUUGCUCUAUUCGAUCGUGGUGACGUCCCGUACGUUGUUUACCAAGGCCCAAAAUUCGUCGACUCUGUUCAUGCCCUUCCCAAAGGGCUCAAAAUUGUUUUCGGUCUUAGUAUUGGAGAGUACACCAACGAGGGCUACAACAAUCUACUUGCCCAGACAGAAAAUGUCUGGACUUCACUGGGCGAUAGGAUCCAUGCACUGGAGAUUGGCAACGAGCCGGAACACUUCCCGGCCCUCGGAAUUCGACCCUCAGGCUACUCCGUUGAGGACUACGUUUCUGAGUGGGUAGACCUGUCCGAUCGCCUCUCUGAAGCCCUCAGUCUACCAAAGCCCAUUUUCCAGGGUGGGACCUUCCAGGCCCCAUCGUCGGGGAACAAGUUCAACGCAUCAAGGGCCCUGGAUCUUGGAAUUGCCGCUGGAGGCAACCUCAAGACAAUGUCCGAACACCAAUAUAUGGGCGCCAGGCAAGGCUCUUGCGAGCCAGACACUCUUCUUAACCGCACUAUCAUGCUCGGCCACAUGGCAAAUCAUGAAAUACUCGUCAAUAACACUCUUAAGCAACGCCACGGAUAUGUCCUUGGCGAGACUAACUCUUGCUCGGGCCAUGGAAAGGAAGGUGUCUCCAAUGCCUAUGCCGCUGCGAUAUGGGCCGUGGACUACGUUCUAUAUGCGGCUUCUUUUCACGUCGAGCGUGUUUGCCUUAGUGGCGGUAACAUCCACGUCAAGACACUGAUCAACGAAACCUACAUCUCCGCCUAUGGUAUCUACCAAGAGAGCGACAACCGGAACAAUGGAAGGCGAACCGCAGUUCUGAAGCGGGUUGCGAUUCUGGAUAAGAAUCCCUACGACGAGAAGGACGGUGAGCGUCCGUACACCGAGUUCCGGAUUCCCCAUGCGAAAAGGGGAGCUACCUAUAAGAAGUUAAGUGGCCUAUCGCCGACAGACCAAAGCAAUGUCACCUGGGCGGGCCAAACCUUGACUGGGGACGGGUUGUUCGUGGGAGAUGAGGAGAUCCAGCCUGUGCGAAACGGUAAGGUUUUUGUGGGCCGUGGCGAAGCUGUCCUUAUUACCUUGUAG